AUGCCUCAGGUUACGUUCGAUCGACCUCACACCAAACCACCAAACAUUGGCCACGUCAGUCAGUACCACACUCCACACCCCUCAAACACACUUCCUCCAACCAACCCCAACCCAGCAAUGCUCUUACGUGAUUUUGUCAACCAGCUCAUAGGCGAAUCUCCUCAGCUCGCACUGACCCUGAGUGUCACGGAGUUUAUACGAUUUACUGUCCUUGCCGCCAAAGUCCAACAAGUUGCUGGUGAUUCCCUACGACUCAAAUCGACUCGAACCACGGUCAUUCCCUUUCUUGCCUCAGCUCUAUCACUUGAAUACCCCAAAGACUUAAUGGCCGACUUAUGGCGGCUAGCAUUUCCCCACUUACCCGGAUGUGAUAUUGAUACCUCAGCUGCUAUUCGAGAAUUUGGUCUGCAACCAACUCUUACGUCGACCUCGAAACUGCUGGAAAGGUUCUUACGUGCACCUUUCACUAAAUGUAUCUCUUGCCCGGAACAAUCCACCUUACACGUUCAUUCACGUAUCAAUGGUUACCUCUAUGACACUGACGGUACGCACGCUGUACAGACUGUCAUCCUGUGUUGCUCCAACGACACGUGUGGAAUUUCCUAUAGGCCCAGCUAUUACACCAGCCAUGGUUUCCGGAUCUACGACUCACAGGCCAUGGGACGCGAAACCGAUUAUCUCCACAUCCACUGCCAUUAUUAUAUGACUGCUCGUUUGGCUUACAUCAGCGUCACUUACUCACCAACAAUUGUCUCUAUCUCCAGUGUAUCUCAUUUCAAUCUGGUCAACUGGUAUAACCAGUUAUUUGUAGAAGACGCAGCUGUAGCACAAUUCGUACCCAACCAGAAAUUCACCCCUUACAUGUCAGAUGAAGUGUGCCGCGACGGCCUCAUCAUUCAUUCCUUGAUGAAACACGCCGAUCGACGAGGAACUCACCUGGCGGUUGUGUCAAGUGGGAACAACUCAAUGUGGUUUGAUUCUGCAAUCAAAGAUCAUCUAGAGCGAUUAUCAGUGGAAGGAACCACAUAUCGUGAUCAUUACUGUAGCAGCUGUGUCCGAAUAAUAACCCAAGUCGAUCCUGAGACCGGAGAAAUCAAUUAUAGAUCGAUCCGUGCAGUCGUAACGGACGGUCUAACCAUAGGACACUACCGUUGUAGUGCCUCCUCUCAGCAACUGCAGGAGAUUGCAAAAUCCUUGGGUCACCCUGCGCCAGAAGGACCUUGUACGAAUGAUCUUGACAAUAUCAACAAUCGUUUCUGUCCGGAACACUUUGUUCUCCUCGGAGGGAAAUGUCAAGCGCAACCUUGUCCUAAUGCCGCGAUUGGCAAUACUGGGACCUGCAAUGACAAGGAUCACAUCGAUGCAUGGGCCAACUUCAACGAAAAAAUUAAAUCAAACUUUUCUUUAACCUCCAUCCUCAACCGACCAGGAUCCUCACUUCGAGCUGAUCCAACCGUCCAUCUAGAUGCCGAUACCGCCGAAUUUCAAGACCUGGCGGGUCUACAACAGGCUGACGAAUCGCAAAGGGCACACAAAGCUGCAAGGGAUGGAGGCGAGUCAAAGUCUUCUGGGAAAUACUUGUUAUCAAGAAUGCGGACGCACAAUGACCAACUUGUGGUCGGGACUUGUGGGAUUGUAUUGGGAAGGAAAACGUUUUACAACGCUGAGUCUGUCAGUGCGGUCAAGGUGAGUGUGGUUCCACCCAUGGUGAGGGGAAGACAACAAUGGUUGAUGUUGUCUUGCUCUGGGGCUAUACCUACAGGCCUUCCUUGA